CUCAUCCACGUGUACGGCACUUUCUUUAUUCGAGUUAGAGUUGUGAGUUCUAGCAUGGCGGGUUCGGGAAACUACAGCGAUCAGGAAAAGGCUCUAGAGUACGUUAAAUCACUCAUCAGACCUUUCCCAGAUUUUCCUAUACCUGGAAUCAUUUUUAGGGACAUCUGCCCUGUUUUAUAUGAUUGCAAUGCACUAAGAACAGUUACUGACAUCUUAACUGAGCACAUAAAGGCAAACUUUACAGACAUUGAUGCUAUUGUGGGUCUUGAUGCCAGAGGAUUUUUAUUUGGACCUAUUUUGUCACUAAAUCUAAAUUUACCUUUUGUCCCAGUCCGCAAAUCUGGGAAAUUACCCGGGCCAACAAUGAAGGUUUCAUCAACUAAGGAAUAUGGCAAAGAUCUUCUUGAAAUGCAAGUUGAUGGUAUUCAGAAAGGCCAGAAAGUUGUCAUAUUUGAUGACCUGCUUGCCACAGGGGGUACCCUACAAGCAGCAUGCCAACUGGUGAAAGACGCUGGCGGGGAAGUGUUAGAGUGCAUCUUGAUCGUUGAACUGGAAGAACUGGAUGGAAAAAGCAAGGUCCCUGCUCCUUGCUUCAGCUUGAUACAGUUUUAACUACCAAUUUUAAGGAACAAAGAAUUCAUACAGAUUGGUUAUAUUCAAACUAGAGUACUGGAGACCUCUUUGGAAAACAAAUUAUAAUAGAUAUAGCAGGUAUUCCCUUGUAAUCACAGUGUACUUUUUCCCUAUGGUUUGGGAUGUUUUGCAAUUCUUCUCUGUGAGGAAAAUUUAGUAAGAGAUGAGGAAUUUCAUUUAUUUCUAAGUAUUUUAAAAAGUUUUUGUAAACAACCAUUCUGAUGGUAGCGAUAAGAAGGGUCAGCGGUAAGGCAAUAAAAAGGAGGUGAAAACUUAA